UUCAAUAGCGUGUAGCGAGGCUGACUACACACUGAAACUCGUAGACACAGACCGCCCAUCCAAUCGUUACAAAACGAUUUUUGGAAGUGUUUUAUUUCCUUAUGUGGGAGACUAAUAUGACGGGAGUAUUGUAAAACAGGAAGGAAAACUCGGGGGGAAAUGGCUCUCAGAAACUGGAUUGGCCUAUUUUUAAUGGGAGCCAUCAAUAACCUCCCUUAUGUUAUUGUUAACUCGGCUGCUAGUACGAUCACUGACAGGUUUAACGAGAAGAACCUUGUUGGUGUUGUGUUCGGUGCAAAUGUUUCCCUCUCAAUGCUUGUAAAAUCACUGAACACAUUUCUACUGUUGAAAGUCUCCUACACCAUACGUUUCAUCGCCAAUGGACUCAUUAUGCUUGUGGGACUUUUUGGCAUUGCCUAUGCUUUUAACUUUGGAUUCGCAAUCGCCUGCAUAGCUGUUGUUGGCUCCAGUUCGGCUUUUGGAGAAAAUGUCACGCUGGGUCUAUUGUCACGGUUUCCAAGUUCGCUGGUCAACGCCUGGUCAAGCGGAACAGGAAUGGCUGGAGUUUUGGGCGCAGCACUAUAUAUCAUCUUUGGUUGUGUGGUGGGCAAUGGAGGCGAUAAACAGGACAAGCUACAGACUCUAACAAAGUACGCCUUCCUCCUUACCACACCUGUGGUGUUGAUCUACUGGCUGGCCUACUUCGUGGUGGUCAAACGUCCGGCAGAAACUGUCGAGAACAAACACACAGACAGUGACAGCCAGUGCAUCAACACAACCACGGACAGCGACAUCAACACAACCACGGACACCGGGAAAGAAAUAGCACCAAUCCAGGGUGACGAGGAUGACGUGUCUGAGAAUCAGCCUUUGAUUAGAUCAGAAAGUGGAUGUCGUAGACUGUUGCGCUGUUUAAAAAUGGUUCUUUGGUUGGGCAUCAAUCUCUGCGCGGUGUACGUGUUCGAGUACGUCCCACAAGCCUGUGCCGCCAAGGUCCGUCCAAGUAAAGAGUACCACAUCGGGUGCCCUGAGUUGUAUGCCGCUCUACAAUUGUGCUAUCAGGCAGGAGUUUUUGUGUCUAGAUCCAGCGUCCAGCUUUAUCGGAUAAGGAGAGUAGAAAUAAUCACCGCCUUACAGUUCGUUAACAUGAUCCUAUGGAUUAUGGAUGUCCACUACAAGUUUCUACCGACGGCUGCCUUGCCAGCGCUGAUGAUUUAUGUUGGUCUACUGGGCGGGGCUUCCUACGUCAACAUCUUCUACACCCUGCUGCACGACGGGCAGUUCCCUAAGGAGGACAGGGAGCUCUGCGUUAACCUCGUUGGGCUGUUUAUCAACCUAGGUAUCGUAUUAGGAACAGGUUUAGAGACGCUGCUAUUUAUCACCGUGCUAAAAGAUGAUUGAAGUAUUUGAAGCAAUC